AUGCAGGAAUUGUGGCAACAAAACUAUUCCUGGGAUGCGGAACUGUUACCUCAGGCUCAGCUAGAAUGGAAGCGGUUUAGAAAUGACUUACAAACAUUAAAUACUGUGAAAGUACCCAGACAUAUUUUUAAUUCGAAGGUUCCCUGUUCGAUUCAAUUACACGUGUUUACGGAUGCAUCAGAGAAGGCAUAUGGAGCAGCUAUGUACGUGCGAGCAAUAUAUAAUGAUAAGACAAUAACAUCGAGACUAUUGUGCGCCAAAUCUAGAAUAGCACCAUUAAAGAAACAGACACUUCCACGACUAGAACUCUGCGCAGCAUUGCUGGGAGUCGAAUUAGCAGAAAGAGUUAAACAAGAUUUAAAGUAUCAAAACGUGCCAACCUACUUUUGGUCCGAUUCCAAAAUUGUUUUGUCAUGGAUAAUAUCUUCAUCUGCCUCAUUGCACACAUUCGUAACAAAUCGUAUUAGCAAAAUUCAAGAGAUGUCACAUGCUGAUCAAUGGCAUCAUGUGGCGUCAAAGGAUAAUCCUGCUGACAUCAUUUCCAGAGGAAUAAAGGUUAAAAUGUUCAAUUAUUCACAUAUGUGGUUUUUUGGUCCACUCUUUCUUCAUGGAAGCAACGAAUUUUGGCAACAGCCAAACCCAAAGGCAUUUAACAUCUCAACUGAUAUCGAAAGACGACAAGGACAUACAGUUAACAUUAUCAUUCAAACGACUGGUUCUGAUCACAUGAUAAAUCAAAUUGAUCAUCGAAACUCAUUCAGAUACCUCCAAAGAACAAUUGCUUAUGUUCGCCGUGUAUUUCAUCGUACACAAUCACCAACAAGAACACUUUCUCCAAAAGAAUUACGAGAUGCAUUAGUCUUCAUAAUUAAAACUAUUCAGGGCUCAGAAUUUGCAAAGGAAAUCUCUGAUUUAAAACAAUGUAAAGCAGUCAACAGUUCGAGUCAACUAAAUACUUUAGCACCGUUCAUUGACGAACAAGGUGUACUUCGUGUUGGAGGAAGGCUUGAAGCAUCAACAUUGCCAUAUGAUGCUAAACACCCAAUGGUAAUUCCUUACAAUCACUCAAUAGUGAAAUUGAUGUUCAAAAUGAAACAUGAAGAAAAUUCCCAUUGUGCUCCACAAUUAUUGCUAAGCAUAAUGAGACAAAACUUCUGGCCGAUUAAAGGAAAGAUUAUGGCGCGAAACAUUGUUCACAGCUGUGUCAUCUGUUCAAAGGCAAAACCAAAACUGAUGGACCAACUCAUGGGCAACUUACCGACUGAUCGAGUUACUCUGACUAAACCAUUUUUUACCACAGGAGUUGAUUACUGUGGCCCGAUAUGGAUUCAUUAUAAAAUUAGAGGAAAAAGGCCAACAAAGGCAUAUUUAGCAGUAUUUUGCUGUUUCGCGACUAAGGCUGUUCACCUAGAAGUGGUGAGUGACCUGACAACAGAGGCAUUCAUAGCCGCUAUUCAACGUUUUAUCAGCAGAAGAGGAAGAUGCCAAACAAUUUAUAGUGACAAUGCGACUAACUUUGUUGGGGCGAGAAACCAACUACAAGAGCUCCAGUCUACCAUUUAUUCAGAAAAUGGUAAAGAAAACAUCAUUAAGACCAGUAGUAACAAGGGAAUUGACUUCAAAUUCAUUCCACCAAGAGCUCCUCAUUUUGGAGGACUCUGGGAAGCUGCCGUCAAGUCAGCUAAACAUUUAAUGAUUAAAGGAAUUUUCAACGCUUCAUUGACUUAUGAAGAAUUGACAACAGUCAUAACUGAAAUAGAAGCCAUGUUAAAUUCAAGGCCAAUAACAAAAAUGUCAUCCGAUCCAAAUGAUCUAACAGCGCUUACACCAGGACACUUUCUCAUAGGCGAACCACCUACCACUAAUGUAGAUCCUUAUCAAAAGGAGAGCCGAAUGAGUUUAUCAUCACGAUGGCGUUUAGUUUCUGAACUCAAACAAGAAUUCUGGAGAAGAUGGUCAAAGGAAUAUCUCAAUGAACUCCAAUCAAGGUACAAAUGGAAACAACAAAAGGCAAAUCUAUGCCAAGGUGAUUUAGUCAUUAUUAAAGAUGAUAAUCUACCCAUGUACAAAUGGCCUCUCGGCAGGGUGCAACAGGUGUAUGAAGGAGAAGAUGGUUUGGUCCGUGUAGCUGACAUAAAAACAGCCAAUGGGAUUUUUAAACGACCAUUACGAUCAUUGGCCCCCCUACCCACUGAAGGCAGCAUUAAUCAAAAUCCAACAAAACAAAAUUCUACUGUCACACAAACAAGACGAACGAAUGAACCUAGUGAAGCGUUGCCAAAGCGUCGAAAGAUAUAUGAUGGCACAUCUUUAAUGAUGACCAUACUUGUGACAAUUUUGAUGAUACCAUUAAUACUUUCGAAACCCAUUGAAGAAAUAUCAUUUCCAAACAAACCCGGAAUAUAUUUUGAAGGAAUUGGCACCGUAAAUCAAAUCAUUGGAAGAUGGAAAAUUAUCACUUACUUUGAGUUCGAGCCUAUUCGAAAGGAGAUCGAAAGGUUUCAAAAUGGCACAGCAGCACUUCAGCAAUUGUGCCCAUUGUUACAGCAACAAGAAAGCUGUUAUGAGCUCGUCCGUCAAUUCAAUAAUACUAACAUAGAAUUACGAACUGAAACGAAGGUCAUGACGAGACACCGAUCAGCCAGAGGAGCCAUCAUAUGGAUGAUAUGGAAAAUAAAGCAGGUAAAGCAUCCAGAAGUCAAUCAGCCAACACAAACUCUCAUACCAAACGCGAUGCCACGAACAAGAUUUACUUUGGAGCCUGAAACAAUUACAUAG